UAAUAGUCCUCUACAACCGGAACCCUUGUUUUUACUUAAACGUUCACUCCGGAAUGGUUAUUUCGUAGUACAUGCUAAAAGCUGUUAGUGGGAGGUAAAACAGUAUUCAACCAUUGUAUUCAACAUGGCAGAGACCCACAGCUUGCAGGACAUGAGGCAACAGGCAGCCGUUGCUGCCAAAGUCUUCAUUCAGAGAGAUUAUACCAAAGGCACUGUGUGCCAGUUCCAAACCAAGUUCCCCUCUGAGCUGGAGACCCGGAUUGACAAGCAGCAGUUUGAGGAGACGGUGCAGACACUGAAUAACCUGUACGCUGAAGCGGAGAAACUGGGAAGCCAGUCAUAUGUUGAAGGCUGUCUGGCCUGCCUCACAGCGUACACCAUCUUCUUGUGUAUGGAGACUCACUAUGAGAAGGUUUUGAAGAAGAUUGCAAAGUACAUACAGGAGCAGAAUGAUAAGAUCUACGCACCACGAGGCCUCCUGCUCACCGAUCCCAUCGAGAGAGGCCUGCGAGUCAUCGAAGUUACUAUCUUUGAAGACAGAAGCCUGACUAGAUAAAAGCUGCCACGCAGCUGUUUGGCUGAGCAGAGGUACAAGUCUGCAGCAGCCCAGCACCAGUGGCCAGCUCCCUGAGGACCCCCGGACCUGCACCUUUAAUACUGCGUCUCUACAAUCUAUCUCUUUAUGCUAAUCCUGUGCAUGUCCCAUUCAGAGUAUCUUUUCCCCAUGCAUUAAUUAAGGGCUUGUUACUGUAUAUCCUUGUAUUUGGUUGGAGAAAACAAACUCACUUACACAAUGUAUUGGCAUUCUUCAAACCAUGAGUAAUUAUCCUCUAUCUUGGACUAAAAACAACUUUAUGAACUUUUGUAUAUUUGGUUUUUCGACCCUCCUUUUUGAAUAAUAAACAGACGGUAUUUUUUUAUGAAGGACUCUGGAACUCAUCCACACACAUGCUUUAAUUGAUUGUGUUGGCUGAACUGAGGCUUUAAUGUAAUCAAGAAACUGAACUCUGGUUAUUAGCGUGAUUUGUUGCAUGUGCAGCACUCCACAGUUUGUUGGCUUUAUUCGUGUAUUCUUGCAAGGAUGCUUGGUAGUUUAUCAUCUUCCCUGCAUGUUUACUUUGAAGCAUUUGACCUUAUAGUUAACUGACAACACUGAACUUUGUCAGGAUCCAAACAUUCCAGUCAAAUGUCAGAUUCUGACCUUAAUGUAUAUCUUUGAUUUAAAAAAAAAA